AUGAAGACCUCUAUAUCCUCCGAUGUCUGGGAGAAGAAGAAAGCGGUCAUCGCCAAGUUGUAUAUGGAGGAGGAAUGGCCCCUCAAACAAGUCAUCAAAAAGAUUCGCUCCGACGACUUCAAUCCAAGUGAAACCCAACUGCGCAGUCGCCUGAAGAAAUGGCGAGUCACUAAACCAUCCCGUCAGACUCGGAAGAAGCCCCAAGGCUCCGAGGACCCUGAAUCUGAAAAGGACAACAGGGGCCUCUCGGCAUCACCUCGGGACAGCAGAGCCUCCCCAGUGACUCGGAAGCCCUCAUCUUCUUCGGCUACCACUCGAUCGGAUUGGAUGGGGCAGUCUCUCUACGCGCCUGCAGAGAUCUCACAGCCCGGCAAGUGGAAUACUCACGUCGCCCAGCAAUUGACUUCCAGCCCAUCGGGUGAUCAUUUUGUCUGCGAGCAGCAACCGGCAAACUACUCCUUCUCUGACUCCGGGUCUACAACCACGUCCUUUGAGCACCCCGCUCAAACAUCCCCGGUGGCCGAGAGUCUCAUGCUCAACACUACAUCCGCAGUGACGCCCACCUAUGCGGGAUACCCGCUCUCGCCCGAAUCAUGCAUCCCCAGUCCCGGCUCAACGACAACCCCCGCUAUGGCACAUUGGCCUCCACGUUCGGUCUCUGCCGAUAUGAGCAUCAACCCGGCUUUGCAUUCGACUCAAUGGUACGGCAUGUCUUUGGUACAGAUCAAUCCACCCUCGGGCGUCCCACACUCCGCACCGCUGGCGCCUCCUCCUCAUCCCGCUGGAUACGCCGUUCCCCCUGGACCUGGUGUUUUCUCGCCAGAGUUUGCCCCCUAUGAGAUGCCCGAGUACCAUGGCUAUGAUCCUAAGCAGUGGAAGAGAACCAUGUCACUGCAAUAUGAGUAUGCUGGACACCAUGGCCGACCGGAGCACGAGAGGAAACACAUCAACCACCAUGGUAACCCCCCUCACGGAAUGGUUCCCUUCCAUGCGUCCCAGGCUAGUCCCCACGCAGUGAUGUGUGCGCCCAUUGUCCCGUACAUGGGUUAA